AUGUUGGUCCUGAUCGCAGGCGUGACCGGAAGUUUCGGUCCUCAUCUUAUAAGAUCUGCUUUGGCACGCAAUCAUCAAGUUCGUGGAGUUGGACGAAAUCCAAAAAGCCUCCCACAGGACCUUCGAAACAAACUUGAGUCAUUCGUUGAAAUUGAGUCCUAUGAGGACGCUGCGGGAUUGCGACGAGCAUGUCAUGGCGUGGAUGCAGUGAUAUGCGCACUGAGACCUCUUGCGAAAAUCACCCUCGAGACCCAGUUAUGUCUACUGCGACAUGCCGAAGAUGCUGGCAUCAAGGUUUUCGUGGCAUCGACCUGGAACUAUGACUGGACUCGGCUGCGCUUCGGAGACCUGGCACACUACGAUCCUGACAUUGCGUUCAAGCGACACGUUGAGAUGACCAGCUCCAUCAAGCCAGUGUACUUCCUCACUGGAUCGUUUGCCGAGUACACCUAUUCACCACUUGUUUUCCCCGUUCUGGACAAAGGCGAUGGAUCAGGGAAGAAUAUCGAAUACUGGGGCGAGCCCGACCAAAUGUAUGACUGGACCAGCAUGCGCGACGCGGCAGAGUUCACCUUUGAGACUUUGGGACAAGAGAGCGUGAAGCAAGGCGAAGGAGGAAUCUUCACGUUCCGCAGUGGACAGAUGAGUCCGAGACAGAUCGCCGCCGCUUACGAGAAAGUGCACGGUGUCAAGGUCGGCUUGGUCUGUAAAGGAUCGGUGGCAGAGCUCGAGGAGAUCGCUCUCAAGGCCGAAAGAGAAGGCAACAUUCAGAACUAUUGGACUUACCUCAUCUACUUUGUCCAUCUGUUUACAUUGAAAAGGAUCUGGACGUUGCAAAAUCCUGAAGAAUGCCCCCAGAUCAAGAGAACCACUCUUGAAGAAGUGGCAGCAUUCCUGCCUGAAGCCAACAUAGGAGAAAAAUGA